GCCCAAAGAAAAAAAAGUAACCUUUAAGAAGUUUCUUGGUUUCUGUUUUUGUUAGUUGGUGAUUUGAGAAUUGAGAAUUUGGUUCGGAAAUGAAGAGAAAAGGAGACGAUGGUAGCCCUACGCAGUCUAAGCGACCGUCUGGUUCUUCGAGUGGAGACUCAUAUGGGAAAUCCCAAGUCCCAGCAAGUGGAGGCAGAGGAGGUAGUGAUCUUGGUUGUACCGCAGGGAAAUUAACAACAAAUGAUUCCUCAAGCUAUCUCAAGGAAGUGAAGGAAACAUUUCAAGAUCAAAGAGAGAAAUAUGACAUGUUCCUUGAGGUCUUAAAAGAUUUGAAGGCUCAAAGAACUGAUACUGUUGGUGCUAGUGCCAGAGUGAAGGAAUUAUUUGAAGGCCAUAAUAACUUGAUUUCUGGGUUCAACGUCUUCCUGCAAAAGGGCUAUGAAAUAACCCUUGACGAUGAUGAGGCUUCUCCACAAAGGGAGAAGGUUGAAUUUGGAAGAGCUAUCGACUUUGUGAACAAGAUAAUGAUCCGCUUUCAAAAUGAUCUACGUGUUUAUGAAGCAUUCUUAGACAUUAUGAAUACGUACAGGAAGGAGCACAAUGACAUAAAUAAGGUCUACAAUGAGAUUUCCACUCUUUUUGAUGGUCAUCCAGAUUUGGUUGAAGAGUUCACAACAUUUCUUCCAGAAGAAGCAUCUGUUUCAGCAAAGAAUCCUGGUUUGUGAAUUGUGAACGAGAUAAAGGCGAAUAUAUUGUUUUGCUUUGUGAAUUGUGAACAAGAUAAAAAGUUAAUAUACUGUUUUGCUCCGUUGAAUUUCAACAGAAAAUGUUGGUUUCUUCGGUUUAAUGAUGAAUUUUAUUUCUACAGAAUCACUUUCAAAAUGAGGUACUAACCAUGGUAAA